UGGAGAUGGGACGCUAGCCAAGAUGAAUCUUCUUGGAAAACUCGUCAUCGUGCUCGUGUUAAUCUCUUCGAUAAAUGAAAUCGUAGAGAGUGCUCCCGGGCGUGGAGGUGGAGGCCGUGGAGGAGGAAGUAGCAGUGGUGGAGGCAAAAGCAACAGUUCGACAGGAGUAAAGCGUUCCGGAUAUUAUCUUCAUGGAGGGCUUUAUCCUGUUAGCAGGACAGUCAAGGAAGCACCAGUAAAAACACCUAUUUACAGAGGCAUCGGUGCUUGGGGUAUAAUAGGAAUCAUUCUUGGAGUCCUGGGAUUGUGCUGUGGCAUUUACUAUGCUCUAUAUCUGUGUGAUUUACAUCAAAGAACAGAAAAUUAUUCAUCAAAUCUGGGUGCUCAAGUUCCUCAUUUGCUAACAGAUAAACCUAAACCAGAGGAAAAUGGAAAUGGAAACAUUCCCAUGACUGACAAGAAUGAACUUGUCAAGACAAAUUCUAUGAAAAAUGGGCUUAACAGUGAAGUCUUCCUAUGAAAUGUUUCUCAUUCAAAUUACAUUCAACAUUUUGUUCAUGUCUUGGGCCCAAUGAAGAUCUUCCUUUUGUCUUUUAUUUUUUGGUUCUUUUCACUUUGCAGUUCACAGUUGCCUUUCAUGUGACUACUGACUUUUUCUGUUUUGUCUUCCCUUGCUCAUUCCUUUUUAUACUACCGAACAAUAUACAUUUUUAGGUAA